GAUUAGAGCCACGCCAAUACCAAAUUUCUCUCUCUUACCAUUUUAACGCAAACGAAAGGGAAAAGAGAAACCACUGUGGACAGUUAAAAAUAUAAAACUCUCCUCCUUUCUCACUUCCUCCUCGCACUGGUUCUCUCUGUUCUUCCUGCAUGCCAUUUCAUCUCUACGAAGUGCGGAAGAGGAAGGGUGGGUAGGGAAAAAGGAAGAAUUGCUUGUUGCUCACCAAUAGUUCGUGAAAAAGCCCAGAUGGAAGGAGGGUCCGGGGCCUUCAAUUCUACUCCCUCUCCAGGUUCCUUUGACAAAUCAAGGGUUUUUGAUGUGAAACCCCUUCGUACUUUGACCCCCGUGUUUCCGUCCAAUCCUCAAGGUCCUCCAUUUGUAUGUUCGCCUCCUUUUGGUCCUUACCCGCCCGGGUUUGCUCCAUUUUACCCCUUUUCUCCACAACAAGGAGGCGGUCCUGACCCCAGCCCGCCACCCCAACCUCCAGCAGUGCCACUUCGCUCAUUCCGAGCUCCAGAACCAAGUUCCCAUGAGAAUGGAACAGGUGGUGGCUCUUACUCUGAGCCUCCUAAGCGCGCGGGCCGUCGACCUGCUGUCCGGACUAUCCCUAUUGCCAAAAGGGCAAAGAGGGGACCAGAUGACUUUUUGCUGCCUGCUCCUAAUGACAGUGUUGUUUUGGGGAUCACUCAGGCUCAAAAGGAAGAUGGUGAUAGAGGUACCGUUCUUAGUAUUCUGAUGAGGUUUGAUGCUUUAAGGAGAAAAGUUGGCCAACUAGAGGAUGUGAAGGACUCACAGCAUAACGGAAACGCCAAGCGUGCUGAUUUAAAAGCUAGUGCUAUCUUAAUGAGCAACAGUAUAAGGACCAACACUAAAAAGAGAACUGGACAUGUCCCUGGAGUGGAGAUUGGCGACAUCUUCUUCUUCCGGAUGGAGAUGUGUUUGGUGGGAUUGCAUGCUCAGUCUAUGGCUGGCAUAGAUUAUUUGAUUGUAAGGGGUGAUAGAGAGGAAGAACCACUAGCUACUAGCAUUGUUUCAUCUGGUUACUAUGAUAAUGCUGCAGAUGAUACAGAUAUCCUUAUCUACAGUGGGCAUGGAGGAAGCUCCAACAAGAAUAAGGAGGCAUCCGAUCAGAAGCUGGUGAGGGGUAAUCUUGCAUUGGAGAGGAGUCUGCAGAAGGGGAACGAAGUCCGGGUAAUUCGGGGCCUGAAAGAUGCUAAUAGUCCAACCACAAAGAUUUAUGUUUAUGAUGGACUUUAUACAAUUCAGGAAUCAUGGGUGGAGAAGGCAAAAACGGGUUGCAAUAUAUUCAAGUAUAAGAUUGUUAGGAUGUCUGGUCAACCUGGUGGAUUUUCUGUCUGGAAAUCUGUGGCCCAAUGGAAAGAGUCAGUUUCUUCCAGAGUGGGACUGAUUUUGCAUGACCUCACUUUGGCAGCUGAAACUAUACCUGUUGCGCUUGUGAAUGAUGUUGAUGGAGAGAGAGGGCCUACUUGCUUCACAUAUCUUGCUUCUGUGAGGUAUUCCAAGUCAUUUAAAUUAUCUCAUCAGACUUCUUUUGCCUGCAACUGCCGUAAUGCAUGCCAAUCAGGUGAUGAAAACUGUGCUUGCAUGACAAAAAAUGGAGGGCAAACCCCAUAUAUUGGUAAUGGAGUUCUCGUGUGUAGGAAGCCCUUAGUUUAUGAAUGUGGUCCUACAUGUCCUUGCACAGCUAACUGCAAAAACCGUGUGUCUCAGACUGGUCUGAAAGUUCACUUGGAAGUUUUCAAAACGAAGGAUAGGGGUUGGGGUCUAAGGUCAUGGGAUCCUAUUCGUGCCGGUACUUUUAUAUGUAUAUAUGCCGGUGAAGCGACAAAUAAGGCUAUUAGUGGAGAAGUAGGCGACAGUGGUGAUUAUGUCUUUGAUACAACCCGGGUUUAUGAUUCAUUCAGGUGGAAUUGUGAACCUGGGUUCAUAGAGGAGGAUCUUAUUGACACUAAUGAGGAGUAUGAUAUGCCAUACCCCCUCGUCAUAAGUGCAAGGAAUGUUGGAAAUGUGGCCCGGUUCAUGAAUCACAGUUGUGAGCCGAACACAUUCUGGCAACCCGUGGUGUAUGAGAACAACAGUGAAACCUAUCUGAAUGUUGCUUUCUUUGCCAUGAGACAUAUUCCACCUAUGACAGAGUUGACUUAUGAUUAUGGGACUCCCCGUGAUGAUGUUCCCGGGGGUAGCAAUGGACAUGGAAGGAUGAGAUGCUUAUGUGGAUCGACGAGGUGCAAAGGUUAUUUUGUCUGAUGAUAUCCAUUUUGAUCCGAAACGCACUGCGUUGUCAGUCCUUCCAGUAAUAAGGAUAACUUGCCCAGGAUGUGAUAUCUUUUAGGGCAAACCUACUGCUGUGGCUGUUAUGGGUGAACCAGCGAGCGAUGCAGCGUUGAUUCACGCAAUACCUUCGGUAGGAGCAUUGUGAUGUCUUUUUUCGGUUCUAGUAAUUCCUGCCUGCUAACUCAAACAAGAGGUGUUUUGCUUGUAAUCUUAUGCUUAGGAUUGAAGGUAGUAGGGAAGUGUGUACCAACUUCGGUGGAACUUGUGCAGCUAGAAAUUUUAGUAUCGGUGUAAAACCUGUAUCAAUCUUUCUUCCUCCUCGAACUUUAUUGAUAAGUGAAGCUACUAGAGGCUGCUGUGAUUAGACCAGAGCAUGGAAUGCCAGCUUGUUUCAGGUUAAUCCUCUUUUGCCAUAUCAUGUGUAGAUUCAGUAGUCAAGAGUUUUGGAACAUAAUGAAACAUGGCAGCAAAGCUUCAUUUUCACCCCACACAAACACAUCAAUUAUUAACACACACACAGAACUUGACCUCCAUCUACUAUACCUAUACACACAUUCUUACAACUCCAACCUUUUGAGCAACUGCAGGUUCACAAGCUCAUCCACGAAAUCCUCAAUGUUCCUGUCCGAACUCCCGCCGUCAGCCACAGCAGCUCGAGCCAGAGUCUUCCAUUUCUCCGCAUUCUUUCGAAUCCCUUUGGCCCUCUCUCCUUCCAUCACUUCCACCACGCCCCACUCGAUCUCUUCCAUCCUCGCCAUUGCUUUCUCUUCCCCGUCUCUCUUCCGCACCAUCACUCUCACCCCGACCCCCCACACGUCCUCCACGAACUUGGCGUUGGUCGGCUGGUCGGCGAACUGCGGCACCGUCACCAUCGGCACACCCAUGCUCAGCGCCUCGAUCGUCGAGUUCCACCCGCAGUGAGUCACGAAGCAGCCCGUCGACUCGUGGGCCAGCACCUCCAGCUGGCAGCACCACGUCACCACCAGGCCCCUGUCCGACGUGUCCUCCACGAACCCGGGAGGGAUCUUGUCCUGUUCGGAUUUCCUGACCACCCACAGGAACGGCCGGUCCAGUUUCUCGAGCGCGGCGGCUACUUCCUCGGUCUGUUUGUCGGACAGGCUGGCCACGCUCCCGAACGACACGUAGACGACCGAUUUGGGCUGCUGGGAGUCCAGCCACUGCUUCAGGUAAGUUGGGGAGUGCUGGGGCUUGAACAGGCUGAGGCCGUACUCGUGACACGUGUCGUCGGACGACAGCUGCUUCGCCAGGUAGAUCGAUGGGAUUGUGGGUCCCACCGCCUUGAAUCGUAACUUGUUGCACAUCCAGUGUACUAUCUUUUCUUCAAGGGCAGUGAAAGUGUUGCAGAAGACCCAAUCAGCACCCGCCACGUUGGAAAACUGGGCAGCCAAAAGGGCCAAACACUCGGGCGCGUAUUCGUCAUCUUCAUCAUGAAGAUAAGAAGGCAGGUCAUGGACCGCCAGCGACACCUCCGCCAUACCGUCAACCCGAAACUUCUCCUCCUUGUCGGUAAUCGGAGCUCUGAUUCUGCCUUCGUAAUAACUGUAUAAAAUGGCGUCCACGGCGCAAGGCUGGGUGAAGAAGGAAGCACACGGGAUGUUCAUCUCCCUAGCGACCUCCAGAGCCCAGGGAGCCACCGAGUCGUAGACGAGGCAGGCCGCACCGGAUCCGGUCUCCCUCUCGAUCUCACAAGCCACACGUGGCAGUUCCUUCUUCACCGUUUUGGCGAACCUGUCGAGGAAGCCGAAUCCGCCCGCUUGUACGGCCGGUUCUUCUUCUUCGUCGUCGUGGGUGGAGAGGAAGUGGACGGCGAGGGAGCCGAGUUGGCCUUGGGUCAACUCGGUGGUAAUUUCGGCGUAGACGAUGAGGGUGACUCGGAGUCCUUUGGAGAUGAGGAGGCGGGAGAAUUGGAGGGCUGGGUUGAUGUGGCCUUGGAAUGGAAACGGCAGGAUCAGAACGUGGGGAGGAUUUGGAGUAUUCAUUUUGGUGUUGCUUUGCUGCUGCUUCUUCUGUUGCUCCACCUUCAUUUCUAUUGCUAGUCGUAUGAUGAUGAAAUGCUACUUCUCUGAUGAGUUUUGCUCUCCCUCGACCAAGUGGUUCUCGUGGAGAUAUAUAGAGGAGUGAUGAGCUACCCAAGGGAAUUUAAUUUACGUAUACUUCGGUAAAGUACGAAAGUGUGUUUAUAUGAGUUUUUUCUAGGCUGAAAUUCAGAACGCACAAAUUAUAGGGGAAAUAAAAUUUUGUGUGCAUACAUAUAUUUAACUUGCAUGAAAAAGUGUUUCAAUUUCCGACGGUGCUCUAAUAUGUGUAAGG